AUGGGUCUUGGAGCGGGCCAACGGCCACUUUCUGAAGUGAGCCCGAUGGCGCCUCGACGCAACUCACCCAGCUGGAAUCAAGUCUCAAAGACACCCAGCGGUGACUCGGCUGCGUACGAUGGGUCUCCCUUGAACAACUCUUCUUCCCCGCGCCUUUUCUGGAAAGGUCGUGACUCUCCUACUCCCUACAACAAGGGUAGCGAAAACCGAAACCCUUAUGACCCCGAGGGCUCGUACUUCCCGUCCCAGCGGCCCUCCCUGGAGGACCUCAAGCGCGUGUCGCGCGUCAAGAACCACAACAUGUUCCGCGAGAGCGGGCAAGAAUACGAUCCGACCCAAGUGUCAGUGCCACGUCGGUCCUGGGCCGCCGAGCGCUCGCCCCAGCGGGAGAGCCUCAUCAACAUGGCCAAGUCGCAAUACGACGACAGCCCCGCGACUCAGACACCUCGCCCUCCUUCUCCCAGCAAAGACCAACCUUCACCGGGCAAGUCUUCUCUAUCCAAGGGAAGCCGUUACGGCAAGGGCUUUGACCCUCAGAGCGACAUCUGGUCGGAGUUUGACAGCAUCGGUCAUCGUCAUGCUAAGAGCGUGACGUUUGACGUUGCACCUCCGCAGGUCAAUGAAUACGAAAUGACCACCCCAGAUCCAUCCUCUGUUGCAUCUGGAUCUCGUGAGAAUAGCUACGAUUCCGAGGACGAUGAAGAUAUCAGCUUCGAGCAUGAGUCAUCAGUCGAGCACGAGGAUAGCUUUGACGCUUCUUUGGAGGACAUCGAGAAAACUCCGGUCGUGCUUCCCGAUGACUGGCGCUUCAUGAGCCCCGCAAAUGAUGGGGAAGACGGAGAUCCCUUCGUUGAACACCCCGAGAGUCGCAGCACGAACGCCCACCCGGAAAGAGAGUCCGCUCAGCACGAACGAGUCGAGUCUCUUGAUUCUAAUGGCGAUCCACGCCCUCUGCCGCCCUUGCCCUCUGUCAACCGCCUUUCUGGCUCUGGUCCCACUUCGCCCAGCAGACUGGCUGCUGCUUUUGAAUUGGGCAGUGGUGCCCAGCGCAUCCUGCCAGCACCUCCCUCCCCGGCCUCCUACAGCAAGUCAGACCUCGGUGGCCGCAUGUCUCUUGAGGAACGUCUACGUCUUAUGAUGCUCCAAGAGGAUGAGGUAGAUGAUGACGAUAAAGAAAACGCGGCUCUUCGCGAAUCGCGACUGAGACCCUCCAGCCUGGUGAAAAGUUCCGACAAGAAGGAGUCCGAUGAAUCUCAGGACAACUUCUUCUCACCUCCCCGAAUUUCUCGUGACUCCAUUUUGAGAGACAUCCGCAAAAGCGAGAGCUACGAGGAGGAUGACGACGAGGAUGAUAUCUCCCAGAUGGCCUUUAGUCCUCACCAUUACGACCAUUACGACCCUGACGUCCCAAUUCCUUCGCUGGAAAAUGAUGAUGACGAUGAUAGUGGCAGUGUGAUCGUCAAGGAAGAGGAGCACGAACACGAUCUCUACGCGAUUCCCGAUCACUUCCAGAAUCUUUCAGACAACAGUCUGUCUUCCAACGGUACCCGAGCUCAAUAUGACGAAGACAGCAGCUACUCUCUUCACGACGCUGCGGGAAGUGACGGCACUGACUCUGGACACACCACACCGGUGCCUGAGGAGCAGACUGAGCCUGCCCCGCAGCCGAGCGCGGAACCGAAUGACCUGUCGGAGAAGGGUGAAGCUGGACCCUUGGACAUGGUUUCUAUUCGAGAGUCACUGGGACUUCGCCCCUCUACUCCAGAGCAGCAGGAGGAGCAGGUUUCCGAGCCUGGAACUCCUGACUCCGUCAUUCGCCAUCCCGUCGAGGACGAGGAAGACGAUGAAGAGAAGGAAGACAGUUCGUCUGAUGAGGCGGUCCCUGAGCCGGUUGCAACUGUCCGGGCUCCUGGUGCUGGUCUCAAGGUUCGGCCCUCGCUGACUCCGGCAGAUAUGGAAUCGAUGGCUGCCACUCGCCGCAAGAUUAGUGGCCAGCAUGAUGCCAUGCCGCAGCUAACCAAGCAGAUAUCAAACGAGUCGGACGAGACCGUUGGUGCUUCUGGUUCCCUUGCACCGCAGCUGGCCUUGCCAACCAGUUUGGCUCACCGACAACCGAGCUUGAUGAAGUUGGACAUCCCGUUCAGCAUUCAGGAAGAAAGCCUUGGCUCCGGUCUCGACAAAGAAUUUGACCGCGUUAUUGAAUCCCAAAAGGUGGCGUUUGAACUCGCUCUUUCCCAAAUUUCAACUCGUGACCCGCGACUCCCUCCCCUGGGAGACCCCCAGGAUUCUCAGAACAACAACUCAGUCUUUCUUCCACCCUUUGCUAACACUUCCCGUCCCAAACAGAGAGGAUACCUGAUGCGCCAGAACACGAAGGUUAUCAUUGCGAGCAGUCGCAACGAAGAGCCAGCCGUCCCUGCUGAGCCUGCCCCCGUCGAUCCUCGCGGCACACGGUCUGCUGGCUCUUCCCCCCGCAAGGCCAGCCAGCAAACUUGGACCACGGAGCCUUGGAAUGGACGGAUGCGACGUCCUAGUGUGAAGACUCCAGCGGGUAUCCCUAAGAAGAAGCCUGUUCCCUCCGGACCUGCGCCGCCACUCCCAGGCCAACAGAGCAACGUUCAGGAGGCAACCGCCCCUCUUGAGGAGACUGAGCCUCAGCUAAAUGAAAUUUUCGAGGAAGGCGAAGAAAGAGGCCGCCUCUUCGUUAAAGUUGUCGGUAUCAAGUACCUGGACCUUCCACUCCCGCGAGGCGAACGAUCCCACUUCGCAUUGACUCUGGACAAUGGCUUGCACUGUGUAACCACUGCGUGGUUGGAGCUGGGCAAGUCUGCUCCUAUUGGACAAGAGUUUGAGCUCAUGGUGCAGAACGAUCUUGAGUUCCAGUUGACCUUGCAAAUGAAGCUCGACGAGAGCAAGUUCCAGACUCAGGAGAAUGCUGCAUCCUCGCCCUCGCGCCAGAAGGCCUCCGCUCUCAGCCGAGUCUUUGCUUCCCCGCGCCGCCGCAAGGAGCAGCUUGACUUGAAGCAGCAGUCUCUGCAGAAGGCCAAGGACGUCAACGCUCCGGUUUAUGAACGACUUCGAAACCUCGUUUCCCGCGACGGAAGCUUUGGCCGCGCAUAUGUCUCAUUGAGCGACCAUGAGCAGUAUGCCUUUGGUCGGCCUUACACUGUGGACGUGGCUUGCUUUAACGAAUGGGCUGUCGAGGAGACCCCCAGCAGCGUGAAGAGCAAGAAGAGUGCCACCAGCGUCAAUUCCCAGCGUCGUCCUCCGUACAAAAUUGGGAAGCUUGAGCUGCAGUUGCUGUUUGUCCCCAAACCCAAGGGCGUCAAGGACGACGACAUGCCCAAGAGCAUGAAUGCCUGCAUUCGUGAGAUGCGUGAUGCAGAGAGUGUUGCAGCGCGCACUUGGGAAGGCUUCCUUUCUCAGCAAGGUGGAGAUUGUCCGUUCUGGCGUCGUCGCCUCUUCAAGCUUCAGGGCUCCAAAUUGACGGCCUAUCACGAGACCACGCGUCAGCCACGCGCAACAAUUAACCUCGCCAAGGCGGCCAAAUUGAUCGAUGACCGAUCUUCCCUCACCCAGAAGCAAACCAGCACCAAGGGCGGUGGUCGCCGCAAAUCAGCCUUUGCUGAAGAAGAGGAGGGUUACAUGUUUGUUGAAGAGGGCUUCCGCAUCCGCUUCGCUAACGGCGAGGUGAUUGACUUCUACGCCGACAACGCCGCAGAUAAAGAGGGAUGGUUGCGAGUCAUGUCUGAAGUUGUUGGCAAAGGCUCUUCUGGCAACGGAGCAGUCAAGGCUUGGGCAGAUUUUGUCCUCAAACGUGAGCGCAGCAUGCUGAAGUCGAGACGUCAGACUACCAACGAUCGACAGGCUGCCCCUCCUGGCCCGCCCUCGCCCAUUGCGAAGCGGCCCAUGACAGCAGCCCCAGCUCUCAAAGGACCGGCGGCGCAGGCGCCCCAGUCUUCUCGUCCAAGACACAAACACACCUUCUCUCAGCCUGAGGUUCGCGGAACGGACUCCCGGCACCAGAAGACUCGCUCCUUGAUCUUCUAA